AUGAAUAAAUCAAAGCAGUCGAGCUUAUCGCGGCCACCAUCAAGCCAGAGGUCAAGAAAAAGCACCCCUACCGCUUUCAGGCACUCUCCAAGCAUGCCAAAAUUUGAUAUUGAGAAAAAUUACAAAAAAGCCAUCAAUAGAUCCCCUUUAUCUGGCUCCAACUUCCCCCUAUCCUUAGCAAACAAGAAUCCCUAUUUCUUGGGUAAAAACCUAUCCUUCGUGAGCGAACAAAAAAAUUAUAUGAAAAUUAUUUGAUAUAAUUAUAAUAAUGAAGUCUAUGCUUUAUUUUAAAUAACUUACAUUUCAAAAAGAUAAAUUAUACUAAUGUUUUUUCGAAUUAGGAUUUUUAAAAAUUUACUAUAAAAUUUAUAUAUAAAUUUCUUUUAAAAAAAAAAUUAACCCCCACAAAAUUUUUUUAUCACUCACAGACGGGGAGUAAGGUAAAUCUCUUCGAUAAAGACUUUUUGCUUCAUAGAAGAGAUGCGCAAUUAUGAGAACUCACCCAAGAGAUAAAGAAACUUGAGGAGAAUCACAAGAGCGUUGUCUCUGUGCUCGAGCACAAAAUGCAAAAUUCAUCAGCUGCUGUGUCGCGAGAAAGUGAACUUCAAUACGAAAAUUUCACAAAUGAAAUAAAUUCCUUAAAAGAAGAAAGAGAUUCUUUGUACACUUCGAACAUUAUAAAGAGCAAAGAAAUCCAACGCCUUGAGUCUCAAAUAAAAUCUGAUCGAGAAAUUUAUGAAAAAGAAAUCAAAAAUUUUAAUCAAAAAAUUGAGGCAGCAAAUGUCAAGCCUUAUCGAGGGGUCAGCUCACUGCGGUCUUCUCCAACACAUAGGCUUUCUAUAGAUCUUGAAGAAGAAUAUAAAAAAGAAAAAGAAAGAGCGAUGACCUUUUAUAAUGCUUUAAAAAGGAAAGAAAAAGAAUGCGAAGCCUUUCACCAUACUGAUAGCUCUAGGACUCAGCCGAAAAAAAUAGAAAAUUUAGUAAUUGAAAAUAAUGAUUUGAUAAUAAUAAAAUGGCUUCGGAUGAGAAGAAAUUCACUCUGUGAAUUUUCUCUCCUUUAUCCAAAUUUUAAUAUUAUGGUGCGAGGAUUUUACAAAUGAACUUCUAUCUAAGGGAAGAAAUGGCGAAGAUUUUCUUACUUCGCAUCCUAGAGACAUCAUAUUUUACAUCUUUCUGCUACCCGAUAAAGGCAGAACCUUAGGUCGAACAGAUUAUGGAGGAAAAUCGGACAGAGCAAGGCAACGCGCCAAGUCGAAAGUUGUUAAGGCUUUACGAGCGAACUUUCUUGGCAGGCCUGAUGCACAAUUGGAGGGAGCGAAAGCCGAGGAAAAAUGGACUUUUUUUGCCCUGCACGCUUGAGGCCUAUCUGGAGGUGAGUUAAAUUAAGUAUUCUAAGUCUAAGAAAAUAAUGAUUUGAGAAAGGCUCUUGCAGAUGCCCAAAGUGAUAUAAAAAGAAUGUAUGUAGAAAUAAAGUACUUAAAUGAACAAAUUUACCACCAGAGAAAAACUAUUGAAGGUGAAAAUACUGUAAAGCGCCAGGAAAUUGAAGACAAUUUGAGAGAUGAAAUUGAAGACUUAAAAAUCAAGUUGAAAAGAGUGAUUGAAGGCAAAGUAAUUAUUCAGGAUGACUUAGAGAGGACUAAUAACAAGUGCUUUGAGAUGGAAAUUAGGGCAAAAGAGCUGGGACAAGAAUUAGUUACAAUAACAAGAGAGCUUGAGCUAAGGAAUGUUGAAUAUGAAUCAAUGCAUAAAGAAUUAGAAAUUGUAAAGAGGCAUAACCAUAGCAAACUGUUAAAGCAGCUAGAUAGCGAGAAAGAAAAAAGCUUGAACCUAAUAACGACGAUUACCAAUGAAAUUAAUGCUCAGGUAGAUGUUUUACUCUUCCAUUUUAUGAAAAAUGCAUUUUUAUAUAUUAAUUUAUUAUUAAAUUUUUGAGUAAAAAAGCUGGGAUAUUAAUUUUAUUUAGGUUUUAGCAUUAUUUUGAUAGAAAUAAAAUAUAUUUUGCUAUUAAUGGGAGCUAGCAGAUAAGUUGGAAAAUAGUGAGGAUAAACUAGACAAAUUGCUAGAAUUCGAAUCGCAGCUAAGAGAAUAUUUGGAAAAAAGCAAAGACGAAGCAAAUAAAAGUGAUAUUGAGCAUUUAGAAUCCGAAUUAUCAAAAGCCAAUGAGAUUAUUUUUGAGCUUAAAAACAAACUAGAAACUGAAUCCACAAAAAGACUCACAGAAGCAGCAUUCUACGAAAACGAAGGCUUAAAGCAUAAUUCAGCCAUCAAAGAAAUGAAAACAGAACUAAAAUCGAAAAAAUAUUUAGAAGAAGAAUAUAAAAGGCUAAAAGAAGACAUUGAAGAAUUAAAUAAAAAACUUGAUUCAGAAAGAAGUAAAUAUGAGAAAUUAGAAGAAGAAUAUAAAGAAUCCAAAAUAUCUCAUCAGAAGCUGGAAAGCAAGUUUGGACUACUAAAAACCUCAGGAGAAGAAAAAUCAGCAGAAAUUUCCAACCUAAAAAUAGAGAACUCUGAAAUUGUCGCAAAGCUGGAAAUCAUGGAAAUGAAAUAUAUAGAAGCAUGCGAUGCACUGAAGGAGCUUCAUUCCUCUACAUUUGAAUUAAAUAAAAAAGAAGAUGAAUCUGAGCAAUGGCAAGCAGACGUUGAAGACUAUAAAGAAAAAAUAAAUAGCCUAUCUAGUGAUCUUAAAGAGGCGCUAGAUAAAAACGAAGCAUAUGAAGAAUCUCUUGAAAAAAAUAAAACUGAAAUAAAAAAUCUCCAAGAAGAUUUUGAAAAUCUUAAAGAUGCUAUGAAAGAAAUACUAGAUAAAAACGAAAAAUAUGAGAAAUCUCUUGAAAAAAAUAAAAUUGAAAUAAAAAAUCUCCAAGAAACCUGCAAAGAUAAUAAAAAUGAAAUUCUAGAGAAGGAAAAAGAAAUCGAAGCAGUUUCAGAGCUUAAUUCAAAGCUCAAAGAAAAUGAGGAAUCAAUGCAUGAAGAGCAGAUAAAAAUGAAGCUAGCUAUAGAAAAAUUAAAAGUAAGUUCCAUUUAGAAUCAACUUUUCACUGAUUUCCCUCUAAUUUUGUGAGCAAAAUCAUUAGGAAAAGACCUAUUUUUUGUGGGUAAAAAUUUUUUAUUAUUUUUAUAAACUAUAUCUUAAUUAAUAAUUAUAACAUCGAAAUCCCAAAAAAUUAUAUUAGUUUUUAGAGAGCUUUCAUCCUAUUAUAUUAAACUAGCAAAUUGGAUUUUCUUAAUAAACCCUAUGUUAACGAGCUAAAGGUUUUGUUUGCUAAACAAGUGGAUGAGUGAGAAAAGUAAUUAUGAGGAAGUAUUAAAAGCCAAAGACAACGAAUUAUGCGAUCUUAAAAUAUUACAAAAAGAACAAGAAAGCAAAAAUGAAGAGGUAAUUUCUUAUUAGGGCUAAAAAUAAGGUCUUUUAUGAUGAGCUGGAAGAAAACAUUGAACAAAUGAGAAUUCUAGAAGAGACAAUCAAAUCAUUAAAAGAAGAAAACUCAGCCAAUCUCUUGAAGCAAGAAAGAGCAAAGAGAGCUUUUGAUGCAGAAUUAUCAACGAUGCAGCAGCAGUACGAUGAAAAAAUUCGUACUUUGCUUCAAAUGAAUGAUGAGACGAAAUCAGAGUUAGACCAAGUCCAGUCAAAAUUCAAUGAAAAAGCUAAGUCCCCCUUUAAAUUGGAACAAAAAAAUCCUGUUCCAAUUUAAAGGAGGAUUAAUUUUCUUUAAAAAAAUUUUAUAGAGAAAUAUUUUAAAUAUAAUUUUUUGUCUUAAAAAACUAUAAAUUGAGCAUAAUUAAUUUGAAUUUAAAUUAAUUUUAUGGAGAAUUAAAUAAAAAAUUAAUUGAUUCAUGUGAAAAUUGUUUAAAUAUUAGAUUAUGUCACAACCAAUUUUAUAUAAAAUUAGCAUUUUUAUUGUAAAAUUUUCCUAUUGAAAAAAGAUGUUUUGCUCCAAUUUAAAGGGAUAGGAGUAAGGAGCUUAAAUUGUGUGGAGACUCAAAAAAAGAAGUUUUAGAUGAGUUAGCAAGUAGGCAGUCUCAUAUAAAAUUUCUCGAAUACACUUUAGAUUGCAUUCAAAACACAAAUGAAAAUAACACCGAAAAUUGAACUAAAAACGUUAAAGAAUUGCAAUAUAAACUUGAAUCUGAAAUAGCAAAAAAUGAAAACCUAGGAAAAGAACUGGAAAAAGCAAACCAGCUGCUUAUAAAGCAUCAGAGCGGGAUUGAGUCUCAAAUAAAUGACAUGGGCGACAAGAUUCGUGAGCAAAAUUUAUUAAUUCAAUCACAAGAAAAAGAAAUUCAAAGGCUUCAUAGCAUAAUUUCUCAACUUGAAGCUCAGCCUAUUAAUGAUGAAAAUUUAUAUGUAGUAAACACAAAAAUUGAAGAUCUCGAGUCUCAAAAUGAAGAUUAUAUAUACCAGAUAGAAAAACUGGAAUCAGAAAAUAAAGAACUCAAAGAAAACCUAGCAGAAUUUCAAGAAAAAACUGAUAUGAAUGCAUGUAUAGAAAUUUCAGAAGAAUUUUAUAGAGAAAAACUUCAGAAGAAAAAGGAAAAAAUUAUUGCGCUGACUCCCCCCCCCCUUAAAUUGGAAUUAAAAAAUUUUGUUCCAAUUUAAAGGGGGGUUAAGAAAAUUUUUUUAAAAAAAAAAUCAUUAUAAAAUUUUUUAUAAAAAAAAAAAAUUUAUAUAAAAUUUAAAAAAAACAAUUUCAAAAAUUUAUCGAAUUAGAUUAAUAAAUUUGUUUAAUAAAAUGCUAUUUACUCUUUAUCCUUUAAAACAAAGCAAGAUAUAACUAAAAUUUUAUUAUUAAUUAAUACGCCAAUAUUAAUUGGUAUCAAAACUAUUUACACAAAAAUUAUUAUUUUUAUUGAUAAAAAAAAUUUAAAACAAAAAAUUUUAGAAAAUUUAUCGAUCAAAGUGCUAAUUUUUGUUUAAAUAAGAUGUUAUUUAUACUAUAUUCUUUAAAAUAAAGCAAGAGAUAAGUAAAUUUUGAAUUUUUGUAAAGAAUUCGUAUUGAAUUUAUAUCAAAGCUAUUUAUAUAAAAAAAUAUCAUUUUUAUCAAAAAAAAUAAUUUUUUUUGAAAAUUUUUUAAAAACAAAAUUAAAUUGUUUUUAAAAAAUUUACAAUUAAGAAUAAUAAAUUUAUUUAAAUAAGAUGCUCUUUAUACUCUAUUCUUUAAACAAGAGCAGGAUAUAACUAAAUUUUUAAUUUUAGUUAAGAAGAAACAUUUAAAUUAUAUCGAAACUUUUUACAUAAAAAUUAUGAUUUAUAUAUAUAAAAUUUUUUAUUAUAAAAUUAAAUUUUGUUCCAAUUUAAAGGGGGGUAAUUUACCAAAAAAGUGGAAAAUUUUACCUAUAUUUUGUUCUAAUUUAAAGGGGGGGGGGAGUGAGAGAAAAGCUAUAUGAAAUAGAAGUAAAAAAUAAUGAAAGCAUAAUGAAAAAUUCCGGUUUGGAAAAUGAGUAUGUCCAAAAAUCCAAAAUAUUAAAAGAUAUGCAAGUAGAGUAUGGAGAGCAAAAUGUCAGGCUAGUCUUAGUCUUAGUUAAAUUUAUAGAGUAGUUCCCGGCCAGGACCGAAGGUCCUUUUCUUCCGCCUUUUGGACGCCUCGCUUGCUUUCCUUGCCCUGCUCCCAGUGUGCACCUAAGUGCCACAGGCUACCACUCAGCUCCUUCCGGUCAUGGGGCUUGGUCAUGCUAUCCCGGAAGUAGGCAGACUGGGUCACCAUGCUUCACGUCGCCAGACUAGGGUUAGAGCUAAGAAUUAACUCCUUAGCUCUUGUCGGCUCCUGCCAUGCCCUCCAAAUUGGCACUAGCGGUCCCUAGAGGAAAAACCCUUUUGCCCCGUGUCCUAUCGGGAAGACCCUAGGAUCGUCGUUGCUGGACUGGGAGGGAAACCUAGCCGGACUCAAACUACCAGUACCUAUUCCAGACCUUUCCCUGGGCGGAUUGGCUUCAGGCCGCAGCAAGGUCCCCAAUCUCGCCUCAGUUCCGGGAGAGGACGGGUCGGUGUCGUCGCCAUUUUAUUUGUGUCAAAAUGCCAGGCUAAAUGAAGAAAUUCAGCGAGCUGAACAGUUUGAGUCACUAUAUACUGCACUUUAUGCAGAUUAUGAAGAGCAAAGAAAACAAAUUGUUUUUUUACAAAAGGAAAUCGAAGACAUGCAAAAUUCUGCACAGAGCCAAGAAAAAAGAAACAGCCUUUUAGAAGAAAAUAAAGAAGCAAAAAAUGAAGAACUAAUUGAACUUAAACAAAGAAUCAUCGAUUUGGAAGCAGAAAAUAAGCUGAUAUCAGACAGAGAAGAAAGUAUAAACAGAUACCGAGAACUUUAUGGAACAGAUUCAUUAGAGGGAGAAAAAAUAUGGGAAGAAAAGUGUGGGAGCCUUCAAAAUGAACUGUUUAUUUUGCAAGUUGAAUACACAAACUUGCAAAAAAUUUACGAUGAACUUAAAAAAUCGCAAAAUAUUGAAGCCUCAUCGUAUGAUUUAGAAGAUCUGGAUUUUAUCGUUUCUGAAAACAAACGGCUAGAAGAAGAAUUAAUUUUAUUGAAAAAGGAAUGGCAAGAAGAAAAUGAAAAGAAAAACGAAGAUUUAAAGCAAAAAAAUAGUGAAAUUGAAAAUUUAAAGACAGAAAUUAAAAUAAACAAAGAAUUGCUGGAAAAAUAUCAAAUAGAAAAUAAAGAUGUUUUAGAUAAUACUGAGGUAAAAGUUAUUUAGGUAAUGAAAAAAGAAUUCAAUGCGAAAGUUAGUGAAAUGAGUAUAGAACUCCAAGAAGCACAACUAAAAAUUGAGGAAAAUAAAACAGCUUUCAAUGAGUUGCAAGAGUAUGUGUAUUCUUUGGAAAAUGAACAUGCUAGUGUAAAGAAUGAUUAUUUUAAAGAGCAAGAAAAAAUAGCAGCACUUGAAAAAGAACUGGAGCAAACAAGGCAAGAAAGUGAGUCAAAAAAAUCUCCAAGGAAGAAGAAAAAUGCUUAA